AUGCUGGACCAGGACCACACCGGCAUUCCUCGAGGCUAUGCCCCUGAAGUAUCCAACGCCAACUACCCCGUCUGGCGCAACGUGAAAGAUUACUCUGCGUCGGCCGACGGAUCUGGUGAUCAAACCAGCAGCAUCCAGAAAGCCAUCAAUGACGACGGAUCCAAAGGCAGCCGUGAGGGUAAGGGUGUCACCAGGUACCCUGCCGAAGUUUUCCUCCCCGGCGGUACCUACCAGCUGGGAAGUACUUUGAACCUGCGUGUCGGCACGGUAAUUACCGGUGACCCGUUGAACCCGCCGGUUCUCAAAGCAGCGGCCGGCUUUAAAGGUGAUACUGUUGUCAAUGGAUUCGAUAGUAAGAACGGUCAGCCGGAGACUAGUUUUAUGACGCUCCUCCGCAACGUUGUCAUCGAUACUACGGCUCUUAGCGCCGAUACUAAGAUUACUGCGUUACAAUGGGGUGUUGCUCAGGGAUCUGGCUUGACCAAUGUUAAGAUCAAGAUGCCGUCCAGCUCCACCGGACACACUGGUAUCAACAUCAAUGCCGGAUCUACCAUUGCUGUGACGGAUGUUGACAUUACGGGCGGUGUUGUCGGUAUCAAGAACUCGAACCAGCAGGUCAACUUCAAGAAUAUCUACUUCAGACAAUGCACGACUGGCUUCUUGGCUUCUGGUGGCCACACUGCUCUUCUGCAAGGCGCAACAUUUGACACGGUUGGUCUGGGCGUCGACAUGAGCAGCAAUGGACUUGGAAGCCUGGUCUUGCUGGAUUCCAAGUCUACCAACUCUGGUACCGUGGUAAAAUUCCACGAUUCCUCCAAUGACAGCGGUAACCGCAAUAGCCAGCUGGUCAUCCAGAACCUUAUUCACGACACCAACAAUGCAAUUGCGGUCGAUAGCAGCAACAAAGUGAAGCUCGCUGCCACUGCUAAGGUCGAUACUUGGAUCUGGGGUAAUGAAACCCCUGGCCAGUACGUGACAGGUAAGAGCUACACAACCACUAGACCAGAUGCACUCUUGUCCAAUGGCAAGUUCUUCACUCGCAGCCAGCCCACCUACGCCGAGUAUGCCGCAGACCAAGUCGUGAACGUCAAGAAUGUCAGUGGCCACCCCGUUAAGGGCGAUGGUUCAACAGACGACGUGGCAUCCCUCAACGCCAUUCUAGCAAACAACGCAGCGAACUGCAAGAUCAGCUACUUCCCCUACGGUGUCUACAUCGUUAAAGAUACCCUCAAGAUCCCCGUGGGCUCGCGCAUUGCAGGCGAAGCCUGGGCCGUGAUUUCCGGAGCAGGCGAUGCCUUCAAAGACGCCUCCAACCCUAAACCAGUAGUCCAAGUCGGACAAGCCAACGACGUCGGCACCAUCGAAAUCCAAAAUAUGCGCUUUAGCGUCUCCGAGAUCCUCCCCGGCGCCACAAUCCUCGAAAUCAACGCUGCAGGUACGAAACCCGGCGAUGUCGCCCUGUGGAACACAAUCGCGACGAUCGGCGGUACAGCCGAAACCAGCAUCAAAGACAACUGUUCUAACCAAGACACCUCUAAAUGCAUGGCCGCCUUCAUGGUCAUGCAUCUGACCAAAUCCUCCUCAGCUUACAUCGAGAACUUCUGGGGCUGGACCGCAGAUCACAACCUCGACGGUGGCUCGGGGUACACGAUCAUCUCUACCGGCCGCGGCAUCCUCGUCGAAGCAACGAAAGGAACAUGGCUCACCGGCACGGGGUCCGAGCACCACUGGCUAUACAACUACAACUUCCGGUCUGCGCAGAACGUCUACGGCGGCAUGUUGCAGACGGAGUCACCGUACAUGCAGGGCGAGGGGGCUACGAGGCUCGCGCCUGCGCCUUGGACGGCUAAGAGCGCGAUUGGCGAUCCCGAUUUCUCGUGGUGCGGUGGUGCCGAUGGGAAGUGUCGCACUGCGCUGGCGACGAAUGUCGAUGGUGGGAAGGAUGUCUUCCUCUAUAAUAGUGCUGCUUGGGCGUUCUUCAAUGGCGAGUGGACGGGUGACUAUGGGACGCAGUGCAGUGGGUCUUGUCAGACGAAUAUGAUGCGUGUCACUGGCUCGCCAGAGAAUCUGGUUUGGUAUUCGAUUGGGACCAGGAAGGCCGAUGUCAUGAUCUUGGAUGGGAAGAGUAAUCCUACCGAGUAUAAUCAUCCUGGUGGGUGGGAGGCUGUUAUUCAGGGAUAUAGACAGUUCUCUUCGUGA